ACGCGGCCUGACGGCCUCCCGAUCUCAACUCGCGAGGCACAAAGCCAAAGCCAAGCAAGCAAACAAACCACUCGCUCAGCCGAAAACUCGGCAGCAAAACGCAGAAGAGGCGCCAACCAAAUUGCCUCACGGUCAGGGGAGCUCUCUAGUCACGGGCGGGCACAAAGAUAAGUACCCGGUGCACAGGCCGGCAGGCCUCGCGAUGGCGGCUUCGGUGCCCAGGCCGCGGCGGCGCCUCCCCGUGCCUAUCCUCCUUCUCCACGUCCUGGCUCUGUGUCCGCCGCGAUGCGGGGCCGCCGGGCUGAGUUGGGCGCCGUUCCGGACCGGGGGCCUGCUGCCCCGGGGGCUCGCGUGGCCGCUCGCGAACACCGUCCACAGCGCCAUCGACCUCCUCCCGACAUUCGUCGCCUUCGCGGCGCCCGGUGGCCGCGCGGCCGCCUGGCGCGGCGCGUGCUUCGAGGAGAACGAGGCCGUCCUCAGCCUCACGCCUGGGCCGGCCGGACGCAACGGCACGGGUGCCGGUGCCGGCCUUGGCGGUGCCGUCCUACAACUCAAGACUGCUUCAGCUCAGAGCUGGACAUGCAUGGAUCUGUAUGUAUUCGCAACGCCUUACAGGAUAGGAUGGGAUUACUAUACUAGAGCACAUCAACACACCUUUGAGAUCAAAUCGUGGGAAGAAGCCGGAGAAAUGGAAUAUGUAAAGCAGCAUGGAAUCGCCAUCUUUCUCAUGCCGUCUGGAAUGCUUGGUACAUUGUUAUCUCUGAUCGAUGUCAUACCUCUGUUUUCGAACACUAUUUGGGGACAGGAUGCCAACUUGGCCUUCCUUCAGAAGCACAUGGGAGCUUCAUUUGAGAAGCGUUCUCAGCCUUGGUCUGCCAAUAUAAGGAAAGAGGAUGUACACUCUGGUGAUUUUCUGGCUCUUUCAAAGAUUCGAGGACGAUGGGGUGGGUUUCAGACAUUAGAGAAAUGGGUGACUGGUGCGUUUGCUGGCCAUACCGCGGUUUGCUUGAAAGAUGAGAACGGCACUCUCUGGGUUGCAGAAUCAGGCUAUGAAAACAAGAAGGGUGAAGAAGUCAUUGCUGUAGUUCCAUGGGAUGAAUGGUGGGGAAUGGCACUCAAAGAUGACUCAAAUCCUCAGGUAGCAUUUCUGCCAUUGCACCCUGACGUGCGAGCCAGGUUCAAUGAAAGUGCAGCAUGGGAAUUCGCCCUAAGCAUGUAUGGAAAGCCCUAUGGAUAUCAUAAUAUGAUAUUUAGUUGGAUUGAUACAAUGUCAGAAAAUUAUCCACCACCUCUUGAUGCUAACCUGAUAAUGGCUGUCAUGUCAAUGUGGACCAGAUUACAACCACAAUAUGCUUCUAACAUGUGGAAUGAAGCCCUUAACAAACGCCUUGGCACGGAGAAACUGGACCUCCAUGGGAUCAUCAGCGAGACCGAGAAACGGGGCAUGUCUUUCAACCAGCUGCUCACCGUACCGGAGCAAGACGAGUGGGAAUACAGCGAUGGCAAGUCGACGACUUGCGUCGCCUUCAUCCUCUCGAUGUACAAGGCGGCCGGGGUAUUCGCUCCCUUCACGGAGUCGAUCCAGGUCACUGAGUUCACCAUUCGGGACGCGUAUAUGCUGAGGAUCUUCGAGGACAACGCGACGAGGCUGCCGGGCUGGUGCAACGGCGAGGCGGACGGGCUCCCCUUCUGCCAGAUCCUUGGGGAGUACAAGAUGGAGCUCCCGGAGUACAACACGAUCGAGCCCUACGCCAACAUGAACGAGAACUGCCCGUCCUCGCCGCCCACCUACAAGAGGCCGGUGCGCUGUUGAUGAUGAUCCUCCAUUCGGCGUCGACGGAUCGAUGCUCAGAUGGUAUAGAUCCGUGUCACACGAUCUGUCUGCAACUCUACGUGCAAUUAACUAGGAGCGUUCAUGUUGCUGUAAAAAAAAAACUAGGAGCGUCCUGUAAUAUUAAUAGACACACUAUGCAUUUUACUUUACCCGAAUUCUAAUUUCGGCCGUUGAAAAAAAAUCAGCGCCUGCCACUCUGAAAUAAAAAUGUCUGUAAUUCUCGAACUAGUUCGA